AUGUGUAUGAUGACAACAGGAUACCUAAAAGAUAUCGUAAAUCGUAAUCUAACAGAAGGUGAAAUUAUUGAAGAGACAACCGAAAUAUGUAAACUCUUUGAUCCAUCAUAUCAUUCAGCCUGCAUGGACUCGUUGAACAAACAACUUGAAUAUUUCGAGCCAAAUGGAGCAAUGCAGAAAACAAAUCAAGAAUUUUGCCAUAGUAUUCAAAUUUGUUCCAAGCCAGGACCAAAGUGGCAACAAAAUUAUAAUAAUAAUGAAUUUUUGGACAGAGUUAUCGGCGCAAUGGAAGAACAAGAAAAUAAUGCCAGAAGAAUUAGGGAAGCUGCUCAAAAUUUGAAGAAUAAUAAUAACAGGAGGGCCCCUCAAAAUGGAUUUAAUAACUUUUUCGACAAGGCAAUUAACAAUUUGAACGAUUUUCUCGAACGCGGGUUUCAUGGUGGUCCGCGUUAUUAUUAA